AUGGAAAACUCCUUGAGCACUCCCGCCAACCGCUUCGUCCUAGUGGCGCUGAGGAGUAGCCUAAACAGAAACAAUAUAAACUUCGUAGAAGAAGAGAAUACAUACAACGCGGAAAUAUUAAAGAAGCACUUGAAAGAUUUGAAACUGCUGAAGGAAGACAUAAUAAGAAAAAGGAACCAGUCCAAGGAGUCUAUUCGAAACCACCUUGAAUCCUUUAUCAGUGAAGGGGUGAACAGUUGCAAUUUUGACGUCUUUUACGAUAAGUGUUUGAAUAUCAUUACGAGGUACUUGGUUGCAUAUAAAGAAAUAAACGACAUUUUGUUGGGAAGAAAAGUGGGCAACCCUGGAAGGAGUAAUACAUCACCUGGUAAAAGAAGUAGGGGAAGCAAAAGCAACGUGAAGGGUGAGGAGCAGCAAAACGGACAGAACAACAACAGUUUGUUGUACGAUCUGAUAAAUAAAAAGUUGCUCAUUUAUAAAAACAAAUUUUUGUUUGACUACGAUGACGAUAGUGAGAUCUACACGUCGAGUGAGGAGGAAAUCCUUAUCGAGGGGAGGCCCCUAAAGAAGAAAAACAGAAGUGACAGGGUUUCCAAAAGUUGUGGCAGCGUGGAGAACACCAAUCAAAAUAACCAUCUGCCAAACGCACAAAUGAGGGACAGCCAGGAAGCAAGCCGCAGGUCGGCCAAAAGGGAAAAAAAAGGCAAAGUUGUGAGAAAAUGCGAAAAAAGAAGAAUCAACCUAAUGAACAGGUACCCCGUCUAUCUGAGGGACCUGAUCAAAAUUGUAAAGGUGGCCAAAAAUAGGGAAAAAAAAAACUUGCAGAUCAGUUUUCUAAACAAGUAUGGAGACGAUGCAGAUAGAAACAAAAUGAAUACCCUCUUUAAUAAACUUUACCUUUGGAUGUGCUACAUGAACAACAAAGGUUACAUCGAAAAGAAAAAAAAAAGAAUACUCUACAGAAUUGUGAGACAUAAUAUGUUAAAGCAUUUUUACAAAAACCAUAACAUUUUUUUGGAAAAAUUAAUUAAGAAGAAAAAUGCAUACAACAAUUUGAGCGUCGAAAAUUUGAAGAAGUUAUUUCUAUCGCAUGAAUGUAGUGGGAAUUCCUCAUCGGGGAAGUCGAGCAAAGAGUGUAAAGUGUGCAAAGAAAAAAUGAAGAUGUUAUUUUAUGUAACCAUUUAUGAGAACUUGAAUUAUUCGUCCGUUUUGGACAAUCCUAAUGUGAUGGCCUUCAAGGAGAAGAAUCUUCUAACGCACCUUCUUGUGAACAAAAAGGAGAAAAGAAAAACAGUCAAUGUGAAUUAUGAUAUUUGCUUCCAUGCAGAUAAGCACAUUUACAUUUUGUCCAAAAAUGACAUUUUCUGUGAUGUGCUACAUGAGAAUUAUUUGAAGAACAACUUUAACGAUUUAUUGCUGAGGAUUAAGGGUGGUAGUAGGGGGUACAAUUUGCUGUACGUAAUUUUUAACAAAUAUAAGCAUAAAAAUUUUUUAAAUUUAAAAAAGGUUAAAGGAUAUUUUGACGAGCGUAAUAGCAACAAUUCAAGUCGUUCAGGCAACGGCAGUACCAACAGUAUGACUUACAAAGGGGACUGCCUUUCCGUGGAGAAUUCUUUCUACGACAUUUUAAAGAGUAACAUAAUUAAGGAUGAAAACAAUUCGAGCAUUUUUUUCGAUAAGCUUUUUCACUCCUUCUAUAAUAUUCUGUACGGACGUACGUACAACGGGCCCAUUAGGAGGAAUAUCCGGGCGUCUAAGAAAAAAGAGGUAGAACUGCUAAACGUGGAUGAUCAGAAAUCAGACUCUGACGACUUCAUGCUGGUCGAUUCGGCCAGCGGGUUUGUUAAAGAGCCCACGUAUAAAACUGGCACGAAUUUCAUGAUGCAGUUUCAGCAGGUUAAGCAGGUUAGGCAUGUUAAUCAUGUUAAGGAUAAGAAAAUGCAGCAAAGCUCCAUGAGGGAACUUCAGCAAAAGUACCUCAAUGUGAAGCAGAUGAAUGAUAUUGAUGACCGUUAUAUAGAGGAUGGCGCUUGGCAGAAUAACACCCCGUCUAAUUACCACUACGUGGGAUGCGUCAGCAAGAAGGGCGGCUUCACUCAAGAUAGGCACUCACCUCAGGGAGAUGAAGAGUGCAACAAUUUGGAAGCAUUCGAGAGGUACCUAAACAAAGUAAACGAAGAAGUGGCCAUCGUCGUAAAUAGCGAUGACAGUGAUGAAGAUAUUCUGUGUAGCCACGGAAAGGAAAAACUUCUGAUGAACUAUUUGAAGGGGAAAACGCAUCGAAGCGGAAGCGAAAUUGGACAGAAGAACGAAAACAUAACACUGGAAAGGAGUAAAGUGGAGGAUCUAAAGAAGAACAUAAUUGUGCAUCCUCUGAUUAACAGCAAAUGCAUAGGGUUUAAAAUAAAUGUGAAUGACAUUGCAAAUAGGAACCUAGACGUGUACUGCAUCAACAAUGAGGAGUAUGUAAAGGCAUACAAAAAUACAGUCAGUUAUUUGAAGAACCAGAUAACGCCAGAAAUGAAGAAAAAUUACACGGAAUUUCAAAACAUUAGAAGUAAGAUUAAGAAAAGGGAGAUGAGGGUAAGCGCCCUCAACGAUAUGUUAAGCAACAAAGGUGCUGGAAGGAACCAUGCGUGCUACAUAAAUAGCGGUCAAACCGACCCCACCGGGGCGAAGAAAAACAAUACCGUCACUGAAUACAUCGUCGUGAUUGAGGAAAACGUGCAGGAGGAGAGAUACAAAAUUGAUAUAUACAAUUAUGCAGAAUUAACUGCCUACAUUGUAAACUCCAAGGAGGAGAAAAAAAGAGAAUUCUACUGGAACUUCAUCAGGAAUGAAAUAUAUUCCCACAAGUGGAUGAACAAACUGCAGUUCAAAAUACAAAACUAUAGCAACUUGUACAUUAAUAGUUUUUUUAAGAAGAACCAUCUGAGGUCAAUCAAGGAAUACCUCUACGGGUUAUUAAUAAACCUGUAUUAUCAAAAUAUGUAUGAUGCAUCAUUGAAUAUCCAACUGAGUAGGCACUAUGGGCAUUACGACCCAAACAAGGAAUAUGUACUGAAAAAUAUACACCAAAAUUUAAAUGACCUGUACCAAAAUGUGAUCAAGUGUAUACAAAGCGAUAUUCUAAGUAGCACGUGCUUUAUGGAUAUGAGCAGAAUAACAGGGGAACAAGUAAAAUGCAGAAUUAAUGACUACUUGAUGAAUUACCGCUGGUUGGAAUGUCAGCCAGAUAACGAAGCGAAGGAAUCCUUCCCUGGAGAAAGGAAAAAAAAUAUAGACGAUAUGAUUUGCAAAUACAGAACGGUACUGUUGUACUAUUUGCUCUACAUUUAUCCAAAAUUUUUGUACAUACUAAAUAUUAUUCAAGUGAAGAAUUUUAAGGAAUAUAUUAAAAAUAUCUUGCCUGAGAAAGAUGAUCAGCAUGUCCAGGACGCACAGAAAGAUUUUACUUCCCAAAAGAAAAUGCUCAAAAAGGCCAAGAACAACCUUGUCAAUGGGGUCAAGGAAGAAGCGAACGAAAAUCCCAUCCAUUUUUAUCUACCCCCUUAUGUAAAAAAUGAAAAAAAUAUUCUAAGUUCGUUUGAUUUAUCAAAUAUUUUGCUAUGCAGCUUUAACGACAAUUUUGAGAGGACCCUCUUCCAGAAUGUACUGAGCGGGAUGACCAAAAUGGAGACCGUAAAAAAUGAAAUACAUCCUACUUGCUUAAAAACCAUGGAACAUUUUGUGAAAAAUGUAUCCUACUCGAUUAGAAAGAGAUUAACGAAUUCACAGUUGGCUAUGGUGUUUGCCGUUUUGAAUGCCUACCUCUGUUUUGCCACAGCACAGCAUUCGAUCUUCUUCAAUGUAGACAAGUUGAACAAAUACCUCCUUCACAAAAAUAGCAAACAAGAAUUCGAAAGAUACAGCAAAAUGACUACCCAGGGGAAGAGCUAUUUCCCCGCAGAUUUUAGGUACCGCUUUUUGGAGACUUUCCUGCUAAGGAAGGACCAGAAAUUUAUCGUGUCAGACAAACUCAAGUGCAAGCUGAUGAUUUACAUUUUGCUCAUCCAGCUCUGCCUUACGGACAACGCCUUGCCCGUGCGGCUCACGCUCAUCAAUAGGAACACCGCCGCUCUGCUCACCAGGCUCAAUUUUUCCAUCGUGGAUAAGUCCCUCGUGACGUUUAACCUGAACGCGUAG